GGCGUUUCCGGUGCAGUCCUUUUCGUUGUCGGCCAUUUGUCGACCAACAUAAACUUCAACAUGCCUCUCAAAAGGAAUAAUAUUAUAUGCAAUGGGCAUUUCCACAAGGACUGGCAGCGGUAUGUAAAGACCUGGUUCAACCAACCCGCUCGCAAGCAGCGGAGACACACAAGCCGUGUGAAGAAAGCACGCACAGUCGCUCCCAGACCAAUUGGCUCUCUACGACCAGCUGUACGGUGUCCGACCUUCCGUUACAACACAAGGAUGCGAGCUGGCCGCGGUUUCUCGCUGGAGGAGCUGAAGGCUGCUGGAAUAAGCAAGAGGGUUGCACCUACCAUCGGCAUCGCGGUCGACUUCAGGCGUCGCAACAAGUCCGUCGAGUCGUUGCAGGGCAAUGUACAGAGACUGAAGGAGUACAGGUCCAAACUCAUCCUGUUCCCCAAGAAGAUGUCGAAGCCCAAGAAGGGAGAUGCUGAGGAGCAGGAGUUGAAGAUGGCCACACAGCUGAAGGGAGUUGUCCUGCCGGUGAAGAAUGUUGUGAAACCAGAGAAGGCACGCGUCAUCACUGACGAGGAUCGCAAGUUCAGCGCAUUCACGGCGCUAAGGCAGGCACGUGCGCACAGGCGUUUGUUUGGCAUCCGUGCAAAGAGGACUAAGGAAGCCAAGGAGGAGGCUGAACAGAGCAAGCCAAGAGGAAAGUAAAUCCGACGUCAAUACGUGUAAAAUAAUAAGGGGAAAAAAUAAAGCUUCAUCUUUAUUUGUGAAGA